AACGAAACGGUGGUUCCGGACGGAACGACGGUGUAUUUUUGAACGGUGCAAACCUCCUUCCCUGGCAAAGCAUGAACAAUUCAAACCUCCGCGACGCUUUCCAAGUGCUUACCAACGAAGCUAAAGAUUUGUUCCUUCCUGCCAGCAUACCGGAAACGUUCGGAAUUCCGAGUGCGCUGGAAUUUGUCCGUGAUAGUGUAGCGAAAAAUUUGCCUCUCAUCAUGCGGGAAGCGAUAAACGAUUGGCCAGCGGUGGAGAAAUGGAACUCUAAAUACUUUCGAGAAACGCUUGCCGACAAGGAGGUAACGGUAGCGAUCACGCCCAACGGCUACGCGGAUGGGUUGGCCUUUCACGAGGAGGAAGAGUAUUUCGUCCUGCCGCUAGAGCAAAGCAUGUGUAUGGAAGAGUUUUUAGACGCUCUCGAUGACAAGAAUCCGGAUGCGAUUCCUUACAUACAGCGCCAAAAUUCAAAUCUUACCGAGGAUUUUCAAGAGCUGUGGAUGGACGUCAACGAAAGUAGUCUUGAUUUUGCUUCAGAAGCAUUCAACAAAAAACCGGAUGCUAUCAAUUUCUGGAUGGGCGAUGAACGGGCAAUCACAUCCAUGCAUAAGGAUCCGUACGAGAACAUCUACUGCGUGAUUUCGGGCUACAAAGAUUUUAUUUUGAUUCCUCCGAUCGAUCUGCACAAUGUGCCCCGGCGCCACUACCCGAUGGGCAUUUACAUGCAGGAAAAUGACGAUAAAAUAGUGAUCGAACCUAUUCUUGAUGAAAUAGGUAAACCACGGCUCAUCGAAUGGGUUAGUGUCGAUCCGCUGGAACCGGAUUUGGAACGUUUUCCGUGUUAUGCCGAUGCGACGACGUACGAAAUACGGUUAAACGCUGGUGAUCUGCUGUAUCUGCCCAGUCUUUGGUAUCAUCACGUACGUCAAAGCCACAAAUGCAUUGCGGUCAACUUUUGGUACGACAUGGAGUACGAUGCACGCUAUUGUUUCUACAGAAUGAUGGAGAAAUUGUGCAAUUAUGGUCAAUAA